UUAACUCCGUGAUCUGAGAUGUCUUUGGUUUUGCGUGACUUUGAGGCGUACAUAAAAGGUUAUUGAACUCCGUUCUCAGCUUGUUGCAUACCGACCCUCGCCAAUAAAAUUGAGCCUGUAUAGUGACUAAAUAUAGGCUUGGCCAUCUCUACCAAUCUUGGCUAACAUAAAACGCCGAUCCUUCCUGCCCGGAUACCUAAUGCGAUGCUUCCAGGAGCUCCGGACUCAACUUCUGGAUUUCUUCUCUUCACCGAUUUUUAUGGUAAUUUCCGAGACGCAGGUUCAAAAUGGCGUUUAAAAGUGCUAUCUUCGUAAUAGCGCUGGCCGCUCUGGUGCCAUUUCUGUAUGACAGCUACAUGAGAUUGUCGACCAUCUCCAACAAUGCGCCUGGAAAGCUCACGCAUAUCAAUAAUCUCAAAUCCGAGAUCAAGUUUAAAGACACGGUUCGUAGCUGCGAAGAUGCGCUGCUUAUCGAAUCUAGGGGUCUGGCAAUUUUCUCGUGCGACCCUGGACGAGAGUCGUAUAACACGGUGAUGGGCAUCUUCCUCCCAGGACCCGUGCCCAGCGCCGAUAUAUUCGCCUACGACUACACCGACGCCAACGCGCCGGAGUCAGCGUCGCUGAAGCGUUUCGAGAUCCAGGGCUACGAGCCCGGCGCGGACUUCCACACGUUGGGCAUCGCCUUCGACGAGGAGACGUCCACGCUAUUCGUCGCCAACCACCGCAAGGAUGGGCCGAGUGUGGAGCUGUUCACCCUGGACCUGGCAGCCUUUACCGCUAAGCACUUCCGAACCAUCCGGCACCCACUUCUCCACGGCCCUAACGCUAUCGCGCUAAUCAGCGGCCGCGAAUUGCUCGUCACGAACGACCACUACUUCCUCGCCGAGGAGUAUCCCACCUUGGCUGUGCUGGAGACGUAUCUCGGACUUCCGCUUGGCACCGUCGUUCACGUCGACAUAUCCGCUCUCCUGGAAGAUCCCGCGGGCGACGUCAAGGCCACCGUCGUCGCCCACGUGCCCUUCGCAAACGGCAUCGAGUUUCUGAACGCGACUACUCUCGCCGUAGCUUCGACUACCAAGCCAGCAGUGUAUUUCUACGAAUUCAAAAAGGCGGAGACGGCAUCUGCUCCGACGCUUACCUUCAAGUCGUUAGUCAGGAUACCCUAUUUCAUCGACAACGUGCAGGUCUCUCAGGACGGAGCCCUAUACGUGGCUGGCCACCCCCACCCUCCUUCGCUAGAUAAAUAUGCUUCUACUCGGCACAAGUGCAAUUCGCCCGACCUCGCUUCCGCCGACGAGGCGGUGCGGGAGGAAUGUAAGACCACGCGAGCUUUCUCCUGGGUUUCUAGGUGGACUGAGGAGAAGGGUCUCGAGGACCUCUACAUCGGCGCUGAUUACCCGAGUAGCUGUACGGCAGCCUUCGAUUCUAAGAGGGGGGUCGGUGUCGUGGCUGGUCUCUAUGCUAAGGGGGUUAUGGUCUGGAGGGAGUAAGGAAUAUAGUGCUUCUUAGCUAGGUGUUGGCUUGUGGACCCGAUAAGGCUGAGGUAGUGAUAAGGCUGGGGCAGUUUGCCUACUUACGCAGAUAUGUACUCAUUUGAAGCGAUAUAGAACCCGGGAAAUUUGGGCGGAAAAUCUAUAGAAAGGUGGCUUAUUUAGGAGAUAUUCUGGUUCACUUAAACUUGGCAUUUGGGGAAUAGAGGGGGGAUUUAUUGGUGAUGUGUCUGGGUCGAGCAACCUCAAGGGCUGCUGUCUCCGCAGAUCAGUGUGUAUUUAGCAAUUAGCGACGAUCAUGUGGACCGCCAUUCCUAUCCCCAGAAUCGAAAAUCCAUCCCAAACUAGCGCGUCCGGCAC